AUGGCUGAUGUCUCCUUCGGCGUUGGUAUUACUUGCACUCUACUAGCUGCCUUCUUCUACGGUAUACAAUACGUUCCCUGUAAGCAGUACACCACCUUCGACGGUGCCGUCUUCCAAUGGUUUAUGUGCAGUGGCAUCAUCUGGGGAGGUAUACUCCUCCAACUCAUCCUCAUGCUUGCCCUUGACUGGCCCGGCCCUCAAGUGAUUCUCUAUGGUGUCCUUUCCGGCAUGCUAUGGGGCUCUGCCAACUUCCUCGUUAUCCCUCUAGUACGGAUCUGCGGGCUAGCGCUAGGUUUCUCCCUCUAUCACAUCAUCAAUCUCUCAUGGGGGUAUUGCCUUAGUCGAUUCGGUCUCUUCGGCAUGGACCAGGACGUCGGUCGCAUACCACUCCUUCGCGACAUCGGAGUCUUCGUCCUCCUCGUUUCCUUCAUAAUGCUAUUCUGGGUUGAACCAGAGGAGGCCAAGACCACUACCACUCCUCUGAAAACUAAGGAGAGACCAUCACAGAGUGUCCGCCACAAGAACUCAGCGCCGAUCCACACUGACGUGAGCUCUCCCGGGCAAUGUGUCGACGAAGAUGAAGUUGUGGUCAAAGACUCUACAUCUGCCAGUCAACAUCGUCGGAAGUAUCUUUUCGGUGCGAGCAGAGCACAAGCAAUCAAACUAGCAGGCAUCGUAUUGGCGAUAGCAGCGGGUGUAUUGACGGCCAUGAACGGUUGGCCGUAUGCUUUGUGGAUUCAGACGCAACAAGGGAAAGAUAUGAUGGCGGUUCAGUUCGUAUUCUCGCAAACUAUCGGUAUCUACUUUGUCUCCAGCGUGUGGUAUUGGUUGGCGUCGACCAUUCGACAAUUCGCUUUCAAAAAGCGUACCAACCACAGCGUCAUCCGUCCAGCAUUUAUCGCCGGUACCAGGGAUAGAACCUCCGCGGGAUUUGACACAGUCGGUUUCAGGUCUGUUCUGGGUAAUUGGUGA